CGGCGCUCCAUCCCAAACACACACACAUUUUUCCCCCGGACUUGGAAAGUCACCCAAAGCCGCCCCAAGUGCAGGCAAACAGACCUCCCGACGGAAGGCAAAGACCGUCUCCGUCCUAACUGCCCUUCGGCUGCCGUGGCCACCGACCCCUCCUUUCCAAGGGGGGUCUCGCAACUCCCCAGUGGUGUAUGUUGGAAUGGACUUUGGACCUCAGCCUCUUGGGAUGCAAAGGAUGAAGUGACACCCCCAGCUGUGUUCAGGAAGCCUCCAGGACCUGCUACAAGAGUUUGGGACCAAAGAGAGGAGAAUGGAUCUCGGAACAGCUGAAGGCACCCGGUGCACCGACCCGCCUGCAGGCAAGCCCGCAAUGGCGGCCAAGCGCAAAGGCGGCCUGAAACUCAACGCCAUCUGCGCCAAGCUGAGCCGCCAGGUGGUGGUGGAGAAGGGAGCCGGGGCUGGCUCCCACGCCGAGGGCAGCCCACUGCAGCCCCAGGACAAAGAACGCAGUGGCCCUGAGGGUGGGGUGGCCCGGGCCCCCCGCAGUGAAGAAGACAAGAGGCGGGCGGUGAUUGAGAAGUGGGUCAAUGGGGAGUACAGUGAGGAGCCAGCGCCCGUGCCCGUGCUGGGGCGGAUCACCCGCGAAGGCCCAGAGCUGCCACCUGAGGGCGUCUACAUGGUGCAGCCCCAGGGCUGCAGCGAUGAGGAAGACCAUGCUGAAGAGCCCUGCAAGGACGGUGGCGUCCUGGAGGAGAAGGACUCAGACGGGGCAGCCUCCAAGGACGACAGUGGCCCCAGUGCCAAGCAGGCUUCAGGAGAGACUUCCUCGCUGCGGGACUACGCAGCCUCCACCAUGACCGAGUUCCUUGGCAUGUUUGGCUAUGAUGACCAGAACACAAGGGACGAGCUGGCCAGGAAAAUCAGCUUCGAGAAGCUGCACGCGGGCUCCACCCCUGAGGCAGCCACCUCCUCGACGCUGCCCACCUCCGAGGACACCCUCAGCAAGCGGGCACGCUUCUCCAAGUACGAGGAGUACAUCCGCAAGCUCAAGGCCGGAGAACAGCUCUCCUGGCCGGCCCGCGGCACCAGGGUCGAGGAGCGGGCCAGCAAGGAGGUGGCGGGCCCCCUGCCUGGCCUGCGGCUGCCUAGCAGUACAGCACACCUGGAGACCAAGGCCACCAUCCUGCCCCUGCCGUCACACAGCAGCAUCCAGAUGCAGAACCUGGUGGCCCGGGCCUCCAAGUACGACUUUUUCAUCCAAAAACUGAAGACAGGCGAGAACCUGCGGCCCCAGAAUGGAAGCACCUACAAGAAGCCAUCCAAGUACGACCUAGAGAAUGUCAAGUACCUGCACCUCUUCAAACCUGGGGAGGGCAGCCCCGACAUGGGCGGGGCCAUCGCCUUCAAGACAGGCAAGGUGGGGCGUCCCUCCAAGUACGACGUCCGGGGCAUCCAGAAGCCAGGCCCCACCAAGAUUCCGCCUACCCCCAGCCUGGCUCCUGCACCCCUCGCCAGUGUGCCCGGUGCUCCCAGCGCCCCCGGGCUGGGGCCCGAGCCACCUGCCUCCCUGUCCUUCAACACUCCUGAGUACCUGAAGUCAACCUUCUCCAAAACAGACUCCAUCACCACGGGGACCGUCUCCACUGUCAAGAACGGAUUGCCCACAGAUAAACCAGCUGUCACCGAAGAUGUAAACAUAUACCAGAAAUACAUUGCCAGGUUCUCAGGCAGUCAGCACUGUGGCCACAUCCACUGCGCAUACCAGUACCGUGAGCACUACCACUGCCUCGACCCCGAGUGCAACUACCAGAGGUUCACGAGCAAGCAGGAUGUGAUCCGGCACUACAACAUGCACAAGAAGCGCGACAACUCCCUGCAGCACGGCUUCAUGCGCUUCAGCCCGCUGGAUGACUGCAGCGUCUACUACCACGGCUGCCACCUCAAUGGGAAGAGCACGCACUACCACUGCAUGCAGGUGGGCUGCAACAAGGUGUACACAAGCACGUCAGACGUGAUGACCCACGAGAACUUCCACAAGAAAAACACCCAGCUCAUCAAUGACGGCUUCCAGCGCUUCCGAGCCACUGAGGACUGUGGCACGGCUGACUGCCAGUUCUAUGGACAGAAGACCACGCACUUCCACUGCAGGCGCCCCGGCUGCACGUUCACCUUCAAGAACAAGUGUGACAUCGAGAAGCACAAGAGCUACCACAUCAAGGAUGACGCCUAUGCCAAGGACGGCUUCAAGAAGUUCUACAAGUACGAGGAGUGCAAGUACGAGGGCUGCGUGUACAGCAAGGCCACCAACCACUUCCACUGCAUUCGCGCCGGCUGCGGUUUCACCUUCACCUCCACCAGCCAGAUGACCUCGCACAAGCGCAAGCACGAGCGCCGGCAUAUCCGCUCCUCCGCGGGCGUGCUGGGGCUGCCGCCCUCGCUGCUGGGCGCCAAGGACACGGAGCACGAGGAGUCCAGCAACGACGACCUCGUCGACUUCUCUGCCCUGAGCAGCAAGAACUCCAGCCUGAGCGCCUCUCCCACCAGCCAGCAGUCCUCUGCGUCCCUGGCCGCCGCUGCCGCUGCCACCGCCGCCACCGCCGCCACCACCGAGGCCGUGCCCAGCGCCACCAAGCCUCCCAACAGCAAGCUCUCAGGGCUGCUGCCCCAAGGCCUGCCCAGCUCCAUCCCCCUGGCACUGGCCCUCUCCAACUCAGGCCUGCCCAGCCCUGCGCCCUACUUCCCCAUCCUUGCUGGCCGCGGGAGCACCUCCCUGCCGGUAGGCGCCCCUGGCCUCCUAGGUGCCCUGUCGUCUGGGGCAGCAGCUUCGGCAACCCCUGACACACCUGCUCUGGUGGCCUCGGGAGCUGGAGAUGCGGCCCCAGCAGCUCCUGCCGCUGUCCCAGUGCCCCCUGCCUCCAUCAUGGAGAGGAUCUCUGCGAGCAAGGGCCUCAUCUCACCCAUGAUGGCCAGACUGGCCGCAGCUGCCCUCAAGCCCUCUGCUACCUUUGACCCAGGAAGCGGGCAGCAGGCCGCCCCCGCCAGGUUCCCCCCGGCCCAAGUGAAGCAGGAGUCCAGUGAGAGCGCUGGCGCCCCGGGCCCCCACGAGGCCUCCCACGACCGCAGUCUGGACCUGACUGUGAAGGACCCCAGCAAUGAAUCAAAUGGCCACGCAGUCCCCGCAAAUUCAUCUCUUUUAUCCUCGCUUAUGAAUAAGAUGUCUCAGGGCAACCCCAGCCUUGGCAGCCUGUUGAACAUCAAGACGGAAGUGGAGGGGAGCCCCGCCGUGGAGUCCUCGCCCUUCCUGGGCAAGGCUGUGAAGGCGCUGGUUCAGGAGAAGCUGUCGGAGCCCUGGAAGGUGUAUCUGCGCAGGUUUGGUACCAAGGACUUCUGCGAUGCACAGUGUGACUUCCUCCACAAGGCCCACUUCCACUGCGUGGUGGAGGAGUGUGGCGCGCUCUUCAGCACCCUGGACGGGGCCAUUAAGCAUGCAAACUUCCACUUCCGGACAGAGGGAGGAGCCGCAAAAGGGAACGCGGAGGCCUCCUUCCCAGCCUCGGCUGCCGAGACCAAGCCUGCCUUGGCCCCCUCAUCCCCAUCAGCGCCUCCCGUCACCACGGCCGCGGCUUCCUCUCUGGAGGGGCCCGCUCCCAGCCCAGCCUCUGUGCCCUCCACCCCCACCCUGCUCGCCUGGAAGCAGCUGGCUUCCACCAUACCCCAGAUGCCUCAGAUUCCAGCGUCAGUGCCUCACCUGCCCGCCUCGCCCUUGGCAACGACCUCUCUAGAGAACGCCAAGCCCCAGGUCAAACCCGGAUUCCUCCAGUUCCAGGAGAAUGAUCCUUGCCUCGCGACGGACUGCAAGUAUGCCAACAAGUUCCACUUCCACUGUCUCUUUGGGAACUGCAAGUACGUCUGCAAAACCUCUGGCAAGGCUGAGUCCCACUGCCUGGACCACAUCAACCCCAACAACAACCUGGUGAACGUGCGAGACCAGUUUGCUUACUACUCCCUGCAGUGUCUCUGUCCCAACCAGCACUGUGAGUUCCGCAUGCGUGGGCACUACCACUGCCUCCGGACUGGCUGCUACUUCGUGACCAACAUCACCACGAAGCUUCCAUGGCACAUAAAGAAGCACGAGAAAGCUGAGCGGCGGGCAGCCAACGGGUUCAAAUACUUCACCAAGCGCGAGGAGUGCGGCAGGCUAGGCUGCAAGUACAACCAGGUGAACAGCCACUUCCACUGCAUCCGGGAGGGCUGCCAGUUCUCCUUCCUCCUCAAGCACCAGAUGACCUCUCACGCCCGGAAGCACAUGCGGAGGAUGCUGGGGAAGAACUUCGAUCGCGUGCCCACUUCCCAGGGACCCACAAGCCUGAUGGACACUGAGACAGAUGAGUACAUGGAUUACACCGGCUGCAGCCCGGGUGCUGUGUCCUCCGAGUCGUCCACCAUGGACCGCAGCUGCUCCAGCACUCCCGUGGGCAACGAGAGCACCGCGGCAGGCUGCCCGGCUCCUCCUCCUCCUCCUCUUCCUCCUCCUGCCGCCGCUGGUGACGAGGCUGCCCACGUGGCUGCGCCGCCCCCUCUGACUCCACCCUUCUCCCCGGUGGCGGCGCUGCGGCCGGCCCUCCCCCCCCUCCCAUGCCUCUUCUCUCCGUCCUGUCUCUCAUACUCUCUGCUCGGUGCCACUCUCGGAGCCAGCCGCGGCCUGGCCCACCCCAGCAGCAGCCCGCCCAGCUUCCCGCCCGUCACUGCCACUCCAACUCCAGUAAAAAGUGACGUCCCCCUAGUGCAGGACGCCGCAGGGAACACCAUCUCCAUGCCGACAGCCUCGGGGGCCAAAAAGCGCUUCUGGAUCAUUGAGGACAUGUCGCCUUUCGGCAAGCGGCGGAAGACGGCCUCGUCCCGCAAGAUGCUGGACGAGGGCAUGAUGCUGGAGGGCUUCCGGCGCUUCGACCUCUACGAGGACUGCAAGGACGCGGCCUGCCAGUUCUCGCUCAAGGUCACCCACUACCACUGCACGCGCGAGAACUGCGGCUACAAGUUCUGCGGGCGCACGCACAUGUACAAGCACGCGCAGCACCACGACCGCGUGGACAACCUCGUGCUGGACGACUUCAAGCGCUUCAAGGCCUCGCUCAGCUGCCACUUCGCCGACUGCCCCUUCUCGGGCACCAGCACGCACUUCCACUGCCUGCGCUGUCGCUUCCGCUGCACCGACAGCACCAAGGUCACGGCGCACCGCAAGCACCACGGCAAGCAGGACGUGAUCAGCGCCGCGGGCUUCCGCCAGUUCAGCUCGAGCGCCGACUGCGCCGUGCCCGACUGCAAGUACAAGCUCAAGUGCUCGCACUUCCACUGCACCUACCCGGGCUGCCGCCACACGGUCGUGGGCAUGUCGCAGAUGGACUCGCACAAGCGCAAGCACGAGAAGCAGGAGCGUGGCGAGCCGCCCGCCGCCUCGCCCGGCCCGCCCGUCAGCCUGGACGGCUCGCUCACGCUGGCCGAGCCGGGGGGCUCGCUGCUCUUCCUGCAGACGGCCGCCGCCGGCCUGGGCCUGGCGCUCGGCGACGCGGGCGACCCCGGCCCUCCCGACGCCGCGCCCGGGCCGCGCGAGGGCCCCGCCGCGCCGGCCGCCGCCGCCGCCGCCACCGCCACCGCCGGGGAGUCGUCGCAGGAGGACGAGGAGGAGGAGCUGGAGCUGCAGGAGGAGGAGGCCGACGACGACGACGACGACGACGAUGACGACGACGACGACGACGACGACGACGACGACGACCUGCGCACCGACUCGGAGGAGUCGCUGCCCGAGGCGGCGGGGACGGGCGCGCGGACGCCGGCCCUGGGCAACCCCGGCCCCGCGCCCGCCGCCGCCUCGCCCUGACCGCCCGCGCCCGUCCCCGUCCCCGUCCCCGCCGCCGGGCCGGCCUCGCGACGGCGUCAGCGCCGCUCCCCGUUUUGUAAGAAACGCUAUUUAUGUGGGAAGCUCCCUCUGUGCAGAGCGCCACGUUCCUUCCGCUCCCGGGUGGGCCCCGCCGGUGCUUCCGGACCCCGAGUCCGUCUCAGGACAGAGGCGGGGACCCCUCUGGUGCUCCGGGGCGCCUCGCGCCCGCCCCCCGCCCGGAACGCGCGCAGCUCGGCGGCUGAAGGACACGGGCUGCCCGAGGCCCCUUUUCUAGCUGGAGUUGGGGAUCUUCUUCAGGGAAACAGAAGGUGCUCUUGUCCGGGGUGGGAACCAGGAGCGAGGGUCCCAGGGCCGAGGCGGCCGCAGGUCCCCGCCCCACGACCACGCCGCGGGAUCCCUCAGUGCUCAGGACCGGGACGGCACUGGGGCCACCGGGGGCGGCUGGCACCUGUAGUCUGGCAGGGCCUCCCAUUCAUGCAGCUAAGACCCUCCCCUCCUGCCCAGGGAGAGGGCGGGGCAGAGAGGGCCGUCAGCACGGGUGACACUAACGGGACCGUCGAGGAAAUCUCAUGGAAUUAGUUCCACGGCCGCCCCGCCACGCGCCAGGGCCUGGCUGCUGUCUGCCCCCCAGGGCUGGGUCGGGUCUGUUUGGUGACUCCCAGGCCCCAGCUUCCACCCCAGUGAAACGGAGGCUGUGUCCAAAAACAGAAGAGCAGCCGGCAGGAUGCUGGGGACCAGGGCUUGGGGGUCUCAGCCACCCUGGUGGUGCAGAGAGGAAGGAUGCGACUGUUAUUGGCUUUAAUAUCCAAAAUGGAAAGAAAAAAAAAAAGUUGUACAGUAUUUUUCCUGUAAAGGUUAUUAUUCUACAUAGAACAAAAAGAAAAAGGCGGGUAGGAGAGUGCAGACCCGCCCCGGACCAGCCCUGAGGUUGGAGAACUGAGUGCAAUUUCUCCCGUGGGUUUCGUUUAGCAUUUAUCGUAGGGGCCUUAGCAGUUCGAGGCUGUCUGUCUUCACACUAGCACUGAUGGGAGCUGCGUGAUUCCAACUUUUAACUUGAAUUUUGUAGAGACAAGAAAAAAGAACUCUUGCUGUUGAUACAAGUUUGUAGUUAAUUUAACAUUUGAGUUUUUCUCUAUUGGUUAUGCGUGUGGCUUUAUAGGGUUGUUUUUUUUUUUUUUUUUCCAGUUUGUUUCAAUUUUAUUUUGUUUGGGAUGCUUCUCUGCUGGUGCAGCCCAUCCACACUUGGUUCUUUUUUUUUCUCAAACAUCCCCCCUUCCUGGAGCCAACGAGGCCACCGAAGCCCAGUGCAGGGCCACCUGGUAGACACCUGGCCAGAGGCUCUGUGGCCCUCAGGGACCAGGGGCUGAUCCAGUCCCCAGUGAGGGCAGGCUGCCUGAGGCCCCUCCUGUCCACCUUCUCUGCAGUCCAGGCCACCAGCCGGUGUCAGGUUGGGCCGCAGGGAGAGAACAGGCCCAACGGGAGAUGGAGGGGUGGGCUAGAGGCUAUUUCCAAAGCCCCCUCCCCAAAGGUCUCCAAGGGGAGCCUGACCCAGCCAGGGGGCAGUGGUUUACUUUUUUUUUCUUUCUUUUGUUUGUCCUCUUGGCUGCCCGCAGCCGGAGAGCCAGGACCAUCUGAACUGGCGAGGGAGCGGGGAGGGAGGAACGGUCAGAAGGUGUACCCUGUUCACCAGGAAAUGAGUUCUUCCCUAAACAGCCCCACCAGAGCCUCCCGAAUCCUGUGGGCACCACGUGCUGCUGCUGAGCAUGCGCCCAGACUCCGACCUGCCGCAGAACCAACUGGUGUGUCUGUGCAAGGAGUUUUGUAAAGGAAAAAAAAACACACGAAACAUUUUUCAAUGUAGCAAAAUCAAACAAAAAAAAAAAAAGAAAAAAGAAGAUGCCGACAGUGCGAAGUCUAGCCUUUUGUAACCUUCAUAUUGCACACUAGGACUAUAAGCCAUUGCUAGCUCAUUUUGAAUUUUAAUGUGUAAUUUUUGUUUUAUUUUCUUUCUGUGGGGAAAAUAAUGCUUGAUCCACCAAUGCUCUUUUUAAUGUUUUAUAACUAUGUAUGUGUAUAUAUAUAAAUAUAAAAUAAUAUGUAUGCACAUAUGUGUGUAUAUAUCUAUAUGUAUAUACAUAUAUAGAUAUAUAGAGAUAUAUAGAGGUUUUGAGACAAAAAAAUGCAGAACGUGAAAACCGAACUGAACAGCGUGUGCUCUGAUUACUUGAAUCUGGUCUCCUCGGCACCUGGUUAUUAAGAACUGAAUAUUUUUCCACUUGAAUUUAGUGCUAUUAGAAAUUUAAUA